GUUCCUCGCCCGCUUGUUUUACCGAAUCUCCAUCGGUUUCGUUUCUCAAUCCUAAAGUUUCAUACAUGAUACAAAAAUCUUACCUUUCAGAUAUGGCAACUCAUCAGACCUAAUCUUUCGUAUUCAUUAAGGCUUAAUUAUUUGUUAAAUCCUGAAGUCGGACGGACACAUUAGGAGAGCCAUAGAGCCUGCAGUUCUUCUCUUCACCAAAAAGUAACCUUGAGAACAAGCAGAUCAUAUGCAGCAUCUGAUGCUUACCAUAUAGCAUGGGCUCAGAACAAUCUUUUGGCUAUAGAGUGACUGGUGAAGGUUCAUCUUACUCCUCUUCUCACCCACAUAUCCCCUUGAGGCUGUUUGAAUCCUUAAAGUUUGAGGCAAGGGACUCCCCCAACUCUCCUUUCUUAACCCACUUCGAUUCAGAGAUAUUCACUACAUUGAGCGACAGUCAAGAGAAGUACAGCUCUACCUCCGGUGCUAGUCCUUCCCUUGAAGAUAGCAGCUCUUUUAACCAGUCAGGUUCUUCUGCUUUUGUACAAAGCUUAAGUGGCAGUGUUCAUUACAUGAAAAAUGCUCUUCAGGAUAUAGAGACUACUCUAAUGGCACCAGAUGAGGAAGUAUCCAUGCCCAAAAACCCUCCCUCAGGACAAAACAGGUGGCAGCAAGCAUCAAGCCAAGGCCCUAGACAGUGGACCCCUGAACCUACUAGUUCAAACAUGGUUCAACCCCAGGCUGUAUAUAGUCCGAGAUAUGGUCCAUCUGGUGAUGGACUUCAUGCAGAGAAGCGUCACAAGUCAAUGGAAGAGGCAGGAUUACAGGCUGUCCAAUUUCCACCGGGUAAUAAUAGUAAUAAUCUAAAGCAGUUGCUCAUCGCAUGUGCCAGUGCUCUUUCUAGGAACAAGAUUGAUGAGUUUGAGGAAUUGGUUGAACGUGCACGGGGUUAUGUGUCUAUCAGUGGGGACCCGAUCCAGAGGCUAGGCGCUUAUAUGGUGGAGGGGUUGGUGGCGAGGAGGGAGUUAUCUGGGAAUAACAUAUAUCAAGCCCUCAGGUGUAGGGAGCCUGAAGGGAAGGAUUUGCUUUCUUACAUGCAUAUCUUAUACGAAAUAUGCCCGUACUUGAAGUUUGGGUACAUGGCUGCAAAUGGUGCUGUAGCAGAGGCUUGUGGAAAGGAAGAGCGAAUCCACAUCAUAGACUUCCAAAUAGCUCAAGGGACGCAGUGGAUAACUCUUUUACAAGCACUUGCAGCGAGGCCUGGAGGUGCACCUCAUGUUCGUAUCACAGGAAUUGAUGAUCCUGUCUCCAAAUACGCUCGUGGAGACAGUUUGGAGUUGGUGGGAAAACGUUUGGAGGCAGUAUCACAGAAAUUCAACAUCCCAGUGGAGUUUCAGCCACUUGCAGUGUAUGCACCAUAUGUGACAAAAGAGAUGCUUGAUGUGAGAGAUGGUGAGGCACUGGCAGUGAACUUCCCUCUUCAGCUCCACCACAUGGCGGAUGAGAGUGUUGAUGUGAAUAACCCAAGAGACGAGCGUUUGAGAAUGGUGAAAUCGCUUUCACCCAAAGUGGUUACUUUGGUGGAGCAAGAAUCAAACACAAAUACUGCAGCUUUCUUUCCAAGGUUUGUGGAAGCAUUGGAUUAUUACUCUGCGAUGUUUGAGUCGAUGGAUGGAAGUUUGGGUAGGGAUAGGAAAGAAAGGAUAAACGUGGAACAACACUGUCUGGCUCGAGACAUUGUAAACAUCAUAGCAUGUGAAGGUAAGGAAAGAGUAGAACGUCAUGAACUGUUGGGGAAAUGGAAGUCGAGGUUGACGAUGGCAGGUUUUAGACAAUAUCCGUUGAGUUCAUAUGUGAAUUCGGUGAUAAGGAAUUUGCUCAAGUGUUACUCGGAUCAUUAUACAUUGGUGGAGAAGGAUGGAGGAGGGAUGUUAUUGGGAUGGAAACAUAGAAAUCUUAUAUCUGCAUCUGCUUGGCAUUGAUCGCACGACAGAUCCCUGAACUAGUUAUAUCACUUAUCUUUAUAUAUAUAUAUAUUCAGCUGUUGCUUUUGUUUAAACAUUUAUUUUGUUAUUUUUUCUUUUAAAAAAAUAUUAAAUUAAAUCUGUAGCUGGAUAUUUGAGUCCAUAGAUCAUGCAACUGGAUAUUUUGUUAUUUGUUACUUUGAA